AUAGAGAGAGAGAGAGAGAUAAUAGUUCACUUCUUCGACGAUUCAGCCAUGGUUGUGGCUCUGGGUCCUGGAAAGUUCUACGGCAGCAGCCUCCCAAGGCCUAGAAUAUACACAGACGUGAAGUUCAACGACGACCGAGUCGACCCACCAGUAUCUGUCCUCGACCCACUGAUUUCUUGGGCCCAUGAAGCUCACUGGUCAAUGGGUGGCCUUAGCUUCAAGCGCCUCCGUCUCCAAGGCCGAAUCGAAGGCAGCAUCAAGAAACUCCGUGCCGAGCGCGAAAAAUUCCUCAAGAAAAGGAAACACAGCGAAACCACUGAUCGGCAGAUCGGCAAAAGUAGUGCUAAAGAUUCGGAGUCGAAUAAGAGUAGUAGCCCAUCUCCGCCUCCUGCUCCGAUUGCGGUGAAACGGAGGCGAUUCAUGGCCUUGCUUGAUGAAGAAGAUGAUAAUGAAGGAAAAGAAAUGAUGAAGAGUGGUGACAAUGGCGGUGGUCUCGGGGUUAGGGUGGUUAAGCGGAGGUUGACGAGGAAGCUUGGUGAUGAUUUUGAUAGGGUGGCGAUGGAGAGUGGGAUUGGGGAGAAAAGGGGUAGUCCGGUGAAAGGUUCGAGUGGUUGGUCAGAGGUAGUGGGGUCAAGGACCAGAGGCCGGAGGAGUGAGGAGGGUGGUGGUUCUGAGGUGGUAAAGGUGGUUGAGAAAUUGAAUGAAUUGAAGUCUAAUGGUAAGAAGCUGAAGGGAAAUGUGAAAGGUAAGGGGAGUAGUGAGAAGGGCGGGACUAGGACUUCGCCUAGGUUGGCGAGGCGUGGGUCGAGGUAGAGGUGUUUGAUGAAUUGUCUCACUAAUGCAGCAAUAGAUUUACAUAUCGUAGGGCUUUUUACUUAUGUUUUCUGUUUUUGUUUGUUUUUUUUUUAAAGUUUUGUUUAGCUUUGAUCUGU